UGUGUGUGUGUGCGUGCUAGACACACGUGUGAGAUCCUGCAGGUUCACUCUCCUCACUCCAGCGCCAACGGAACGCCAACUGCCAACGGCCACGCCAAACCAGCUGACGGUGACACCAUCGUGAUCAGCGACAGCGACGACGACAGCAAACCCUUCCAGAGUCCCACUGCACAAGUCAAUGGGAAGAAGACAAAGGCUCUGAGUCCGUCUGUGUUCAAAUACACAGUGAGGCUGAUGAAGAAAGAACACAAUGAGCCCUUCAUUGUGAAAGCCAAUCAGAUCAGUCGCAGGAAGACGAGUGUGUCCAGAGAGAAACUGAAGCUGCUGUUUAAACAACACUGUGAACUUCGCUUUGGGACCGUCACAGUAAAGCCCUCCACAGAGAAGAAGUACCGGCUGUCGGAACAAACCUUCUCUCAGUUCUUCCCUGAUGAGCCCCCCCUGUUCCCCUUCAGCCCCCCCUCUAAAGGUGGAGGCCGGGGCUCACCUGGACAGGCGAACUCGUCGCUGCUGAAAGCGGCGGAGGAGAAGCUGAAGCUGCUGCAGCAGAGGGAGGACAUGGCAGCCGCAGCUCGGGACAAAGCUCGGCUGAAGAAGGAGAAGGAGGAGGCGCAGGAGGCCAAGAGGAGGGAGAGGGAGGACAAAGAGAAGCUGAAAGAGGAGCAGAGGAGGAGAUUUGAGGAGGAGAAACAGAAGAGGAGGGAGGAGAAGGAGCGCAGGAAGCUGGAGAAGGACAGGGAGCGAGAAAAGCUGAAGGAGGAGAAGAAGAAAUACGCUGAGCGACUGAAACUGUGGAACAAACCCAGAGAAGACAUGGAGUGUGAAGACUUGAAGGAUCUGCCCAGUCCGGUUCCAGUGAGGACUCGUCUCCCAGCCGAGCUCUUUGGUGAAGCACUGAUGGUUCUGGAGUUCCUGCAGGCCUUUGGCGAGAUCUUUGGCCUGAAGGACGAGUUUCCCGAUGGAGUCUCUCUGGGUGAGAACACUCUAUCAGAACUGGAUUAG